AUGUCGAAAGCACAAAAGAGCGAGGCAUGGGGCCGGAUAAGAGCCGUGUCCGAAUUGUCAGGCUAUCCUGCCAGUACUCACAAAUCGCAAGAUGGAGGAGAGAAGCGAGCAAAGAAAGUACGAUGGGGAGUGAUACAGACCCACCGGUUCGAGUCCGAGACUGCGGCAGAUGACGGAGACACAGCGAAUCAACACGACCCCUAG